AUGACCAAGGAACGCCUCUAUCUUUUCGACACCACGCUUCGAGACGGUGCACAGACAAGCGGCAUCGAUUUUUCCGUAAACGAGAAGAUUGUCAUUACGGAACUGCUGGAACGGCUGGGCGUUGAUUACAUCGAAGGCGGAUACCCGGGUGCCAAUCCGGGUGACACGGAAUUUUUCGGCGAAAAACGGACCAAACAGGCGCUUUUCACCGCAUUCGGCAUGACCAAGCGGGUGGGGAGGUCAGCGUCCAAUGACCCUGGUCUGCAACAGGUUCUUGCCAGCCGGUCCGAUGCCUGUUGUUUUGUUGCCAAGGCGUGGGACUAUCAUGUCGAGAUUGCACUGGGCUGUACCAACGAGGAAAAUCUCGAUUCGAUCCAUGACACCGUGUCUGCCACGAUUGCGGCCGGCAAGGAAGCGCUGAUCGACUGCGAACAUUUUUUCGACGGCUUCAAGGCCAAUCCGGAUUACGCCCUGGAUUGUGCCCGGACCGCGUAUCAGGCGGGAGCGCGUUGGGUGGUCCUGUGCGACACCAACGGCGGAACGCUGCCCGAUGAGAUCUAUCACAUCGUCACCAGGGUUCAGGAGGUCGUGCCGGGUGCGCAUCUUGGCAUUCACACCCAUGACGACACCGGCCAUGCGGUCGCCAAUUCGCUGGCCGCGGUGGAUGCAGGCGUGCGACAGAUCCAGGGAACGCUCAAUGGACUUGGUGAGCGAUGCGGCAAUGCCAACCUGAUCACGCUGAUUCCGACAUUGAAGCUCAAAAACGCCUUUUCAAGCCGUUUUGAGAUCGGCGUAAGCGAGGAGCAACUCAAGGAUGUCACGUCGAUAUCGCAUGCAUUCGACGAGAUCCUGAACCGUUCUCCGGACCGCCAGGCUCCCUAUGUCGGUGAAACGGCUUUUGCGACCAAGGCAGGAAUUCACGCCUCGGCGAUCCUGAAGGAUCCCAAGACCUAUGAACAUGUUGCACCGGAGGUUGUCGGUAACCAGCGCAGGGUUCUCGUGUCCGAUCAGGCAGGCAAAAGCAAUCUGAUGGGCGAACUUGCCCGGGUCGGCAUUGAAGUCGACAAGUCCGAUCCGAAUCUCGACCGCCUGCUGGCACUCGUGAAGGAAAGAGAGGCGGAAGGUUAUGCUUAUGAGGCUGCCGAUGCGUCGUUUGAAUUACUGGCGCGGCGGGAACUUGGAGAGGUGCCGCGCUACUUCGACGUCAAUUCCUUCAAGGUGAUGGUUGAGCGCCGCUUUAACGCGAUCGGCGAUCUCAUCACGGUUUCCGAGGCGGUUGUGAAGGUUGAUAUCGAUGGCGAGACACGCAUGUCGGUCGCGGAGGGGAACGGACCGGUGAAUGCGCUCGACAUGGCACUUCGAAAGGAUCUCGGAAAGUACCAGACAGCAAUUGAGGGUCUGGAACUGAUUGACUAUAAGGUUCGAAUCCUGAAUGGAGGUACAGGUGCUGUCACGCGCGUGCUGAUUGAAAGCCACGACACAAAGACACAGCGUCGCUGGUUCACGAUCGGUGUUUCUCCAAAUAUUGUCGAUGCCUCGUUCCAGGCAUUGGUCGAUUCCAUCACAUUUGCACUGCUGAAAGCCGACUUGGCCUGA